AUGAUGGGUUCACGAGGUACCAGUGCUGUGCUCUCGAGAGCUGCACGGAUGAGGCAAAAGCUGCAGUCUUCUUUGGAGGCGAGUGCACUAGACAUCGAAGAUGUUUCUUACCAACAUGCUGGGCAUGCGGCUGUCAAGGACAAUGCAAAUGAGACGCAUUUUAACAUCAAGGUAAUUUCGCCGAAGUUUGAAGGGCAGAGCCUUGUGAAGCGUCAUAGGAUGGUGUAUGAUCUCUUGACCGAUGAGUUGAACUCGGGUCUUCAUGCUAUCUCCAUUGUUGCGAAAACUCCAACAGAGUCGGGAUCAUGA